UCACUCUGACACAAGUUGUUUCCUGUGCACUUGCUCAGUCGCUCUGCACCAGUAAAAACAUGGCCAUACGCAGAAAAGACAGCUUCCUCUGGGGAAAAGCUCCACCACCGAUUCUGUCCCCGGCUGAGAGGAGGCCGAAUGAAACCUUGAAGUUGCUGGAUGACAUUCAGAAGUUGAGGCUGGAGAUCGAUCACAUCAGACCUGAAAUCCACAGCUCUGAGCAGACUAAAACUGUGGUGAGGAACAGAAGAUUCCUACGAGGAAAAAAGAAAUUCAACAUGGACCCCAAAACUGGUUUCAAUUACCUGGUUGAAAAUGAGCUGCUGGAGUGGCGAGCAGUGUCUGUGGCCGAGUUUCUUUACAAAGAGGAGGGACUUAACAAGACGGCUAUUGGAAAUGUUCUGGGGGAGAGGGAGAAGAUGCAUCUGGAGAUACUGAAAGCCUUUGUGGAGUUGCAUGAAUUCUCAGACCUGAAUCUGGUGCAGGCGCUAAGGCAGUUUCUGUGGAGCUUUCGUCUCCCAGGAGAAGCUCAGAAGAUUGACAGGAUGAUGGAGGCGUUUGCAACUCGCUACUGUGACUGUAACCCAGGGGUCUUCCAGUCCACAGACACCUGCUACAUCCUGUCCUUCGCCAUCAUCAUGCUCAACACGAGUCUCCACAACCCCAGCGUGAAGGAGAAACCCAGUCUGCAGCUAUUUGUUUCAAUGAACAAAGGCAUCAACAACGGGGAGGACCUGCCCUCCGAGCUGCUUGCGAAACUGUAUGCGAGCAUCCGCAGCGAGCCGUUUAAAAUCCCAGAGGAUGACGGGAACGACCUGACGCUGACGUUUUUUAAUCCAGACAGAGAGGGCUGGCUAGUUAAAAUGGGUGGCCGUGUUAAAACGUGGAGGAGGAGGUGGUUUAUUUUGACAGACAGCUGCCUCUACUACUUUAAAUACACCACAGAUACAGAUCCGAUUGGAAUUAUUCCUCUGGAGAACCUGAGCAUCAGGAAGUCACAAGACACAAGUAAACCGUAUUGUCUGGAGUUAUAUAAUACGAAAGGACAAAAGAUCAAGGCCUGCAAGACGGAGAACAAAGGCCGUGUGGUGCAGGGUAAACACCAGUCCUAUAAGCUGAGCGCCACAAGCGAAGAAGAACGGGACAACUGGUUGGACGCCAUCAGGGCAAGUGUCACCAAGGCUCCUUUUUAUGACCUGGUGUCUUCACGUAAGAGGCGGCUCAUCAACAACACGUCUUCAUAGGACUGAAACAGACCUCAUGGGAAACGAUUGGUCCAUGGACAUGUUUUUAUUGAUGAAACAUUCUUGGCUUUUAUGACACAGAUUGUUCAGGAAAAACUCAAACUGAAUUACACAGCUUUUCUCAUAUAUGUACAAACCGGGAAGUGACACUUCGAUGAACUAUUUGUAGUUCAUGGUGUGAUACUUCCACUCACUUCUGCAAACUGCUUGCACUACUGCUCCGACCUCAGGGGCUGACACAGAUCCCAAAGGGCCCCAGGGGGCCACCAGGGUCAGAAGGUGACCGUAGUGGUUGGAGUGUUAGUAUCCAGGAUUGAUAACUGAGUUGUGUGCAGGACCAGAGGCCCAGAGGCCCUCCAACCAAGCCUCUGCAUGAAGUGACUGUUGAUAUUUCUUACUGGAGAGUCAAAUAAGCACAAGAUGCCGUACAACCAGUAAACAAGAACACAAAAAUACUCCACGGAGAUCCAAACAAACAAACAGACACAAAGCUACAAACAGCCAUAAAUAAACAGAUACAAAUAAUAACAAAUAACGGCUAGACACUAAACGACCACAAAAACACAAAGAAUAGAUAUAAGAUACAUAAAGGGAUGUAAAAUGACAAAAAAAAAUAAAGAUAUCAUUAAUGCAAAGGUAUCAAAAACUUACUACAAAAUGUAAAAUAAAUACUAUACCGAGACACCAAACAAGCACAGAAUUAUGCAAACUGUUCACAAAAUUAUUUAAAAAAAAGCUCUUGCAUAGCGAAGGUAUGGGGGCCUGCAUGUCCUCAUUUCUAAUAUACUUAGUCCAUAGCUGUAGUGUAACUGAAGAUAUAAACAGCAGAUAUUUACUGAUAUUGAUUCAAUUUAUUUAUUUCAUUUAUGACCCGACUUGUUGAAAGAUCUAAUGAUGAUCAUAUAUGUUCACCUGCUGAAUUCACGUCUGAAGGUUCGAGUUCAGCAGAUGAGAGUGGAGCACUUUGUUAUGCCUGUUGUGGAUGAUUUGAUUUUACAUCAGGUAAAAAAGAACACAGGGGAAGGUUAUAACUUUACACUUUUCUGACUUCACUUUGUGAUGAAAUGUAAUUUCAAUCUUUUCCUUUUUCUUGUAAAUGUCUUUAACUGCACAAAAAGCUUAAAAACAACAAUUACAUUUUAUGUAAAUAUAUUCUUUCAGCAUAAUUUCAAUGUAUUGUAUAAUUUAAUUUACAGGGAAUCAAUGAUCUUUUGUACAAUAAAGUUGUUUAUUCUAAGUGUGUUGAGUGUUUCUCCAACAGAUGGCGCUAUCACCACAUGUCACUUGCUCUUUCAUCAGGUAGCUCAUGUUCAAAUAUUUACUUUUAACAUGAAACACUGAAGUUUAAGUUUAAAAUCAGAUUAUAACGUGUGGUGUAGAGAGAGACCAUAGUUUAUCUCGUUAUUAUCAGUUUAAGGAUUUUCAGAUGAAUUGACGUCGUGGCACUUUAAGACUUUUCCUGUGCACUUCCUGUCUGAGAGUCUGUGAUGAUUUGAUACAGAGCUGUGGUUUCCUGGAAGCAGCUACACACUUAUUUGCACGAAACAUAUUUGCUGUUUGCUCAAUGUAUUUGAUCACAGUGUUCUUCAAACAUGAGAAGGUGUGAGAGCACUGACCCACCUGUGAAAAGUAAUAGUCUCCUGAUAGAGGUCAGGACAUUCAACACAGUGGUUUUCUUUGUACUUUAUUUAUGAUUUAAAAUUAAGAUAUUUUGUUCUAAUCAUCAGCAAACUCAAUACAGUUUCAUAGACAACGUGUACGGAAGCUUUGCAAGAAGUUUGACUCAAUGAAAACGACGGGCGGCCCUACUUUUUCUUUUUAAUCUCCUCCGAGGAGCUUAUGUCUUCACCCCUCUGCAUUAGUUUUAAAUUUUGUCGUGUGGAUCACUCUUUUAAUAUUGUUUUUUUUUUCAUAAUUUUUGUUGAUUUCACAGGGAAUAAUUCAUGGAUUGUAAUUUUUAUCAAAUUACACAUGUUUAUAGGACUGAUAUAUGUGUAUGUGUGUAUUUUGGUGCAACUUGAUUGAAUUCAAGGGACUGUUGGGCCUUGAGUGUCCUGGGAUUGUGGCCCACUGUUUGUUUUCUGGUAGAAGGUCGCCUCUAUCCGUUCAAAGCUGUUUGAGAUCUUACUGCCCUGCUCGCCUGUUACACUUAUUCUAAAUGACUUGUUAAAUGUGGGUCGUAGAGCAAUAAACA